CAGCAACCUCAAAGACAACAGAACAACAACGACGAUGGCAGACGAGGAGAGGAAGGAGGAUGGGGCCCUCAGCCCAACAACAGCAGCAACGAACGAAGGGAGCGGGCAAGGCGCAUCCAAGGCGGGCUCCAAGGCGGGCUCCAAGGCUGGAUCAAAAGCAGCUUCAAGGGCAGCAUCAAAGCCCGCGUCUGCCAAACCCACGAGCGCCAAGGGCUCCAAACCGUCGAGCGCAAAGCCGGGCCCAGAUGUGCCUCAGGUGGCUGGCGUGGUGAUGGGCGACCUGUCGCAGGCCCCACCGCAGCCAGUGGAUCCCGCAACAGCCAAGCUACACUUGACCAUCGCCAACGCCUUCAAGGUCUUUGACAACGACAACACAAACAGCGUCGACGUCAAUGAGAUUGGCACCAUUGUAAGGUCGCUGGGCUGCUGUCCAUCGGAGGAGGACUUGCAGGAGAUUAUCCUCGAGUGCGAAGAGGAAGAGUCAACGGGGACCAUCUCCUACGAGCGAUUCGAGCCCGUCAUGACCCGCGUCCUCAAAGAGAAGCGGUACAUGUCGGCUACUGUGGAUGAGUUGGUGGAAGCUUUCAAGGUGAUUGAUGAGGAAGGCCAAGGUUAUUUGGACCCAGAAGAGCUGGCAAAGCUCCUGACAGAGAAAGGGGAUGCGUUUACAGAGGACGAGGUGACGGAGAUGUUCAGAACGGCGGUGGACAUCAACGACAACCGCCUUUACUACGAGGACCACGCCAUGAUCCUUGCCCUCGACAAAGAAGCCUAUCCCUAUCAAGAUUAACGUGUGUGUGUGUUUGCAUAUGUGCGAGUGUGUUUGCAUUGUGUGUGUGUGUGUGUGUGUGU